AUGCCGCCCGCCCAACCGAAGAAACCCGCCGACGUGUCCGCCGCCGCCAAAGAACGCAACGAAUACAUCCCCUCCUUCAUCUCCAAGAAGCCCUUCUACGUGACCGACGACCUCGCCUCCUCCGACUCCGACUACCUCGAGCACCAGCGUCUCCAGCAGCAACAACAGAAAGGCGACUCGGCCUGGUACGACCGGGGCAAGAAGCUCGGCCCCGCCGCGACCAAGUUCCGCAAGGGCGCGUGCGAGAACUGCGGCGCGCUGACGCACAAGACGAAGGAGUGUUUGAGCCGGCCGAGGAAAGCCGGUGCGAGGUGGACGGGACGGGAUAUUCAGGCUGACGAGGUGGUGCAGAAGGUGCAGCUAGGGUGGGACGCGAAGAGGGAUCGGUGGAAUGGGUAUGAGGCGCAGGAGUAUGAGAAGGUGGUUCAGGAGUACAACGAGCUGGAGGACAUGAAGCGGGAGAUGAAGAGCGGGAAGGAUGGGCAGAAGAGGUUAACGGAGGACGGGGAGGAGGAUGGGGAUGAGGGCGCGAAGUAUGAGGAGGAGACGGACAUGGGGAGGCAGCAGGCUACGUCGACGAGGAAUCUUAGGUUAAGAGAAGACACGGCCAAGUACCUGCUCAACCUGGACCUCGAUUCUGCGAAGUACGACCCGAAGACCCGAAGUAUGGUAGACAGCGGGGCCACCUCCGAUAACGCCGCAGCGCUGGUGGCGGAAGAGGGCUUCAUGCGGGCGUCCGGCGAUGCGGCAGAGUUUGAAAAGGCGCAGCGGUAUGCGUGGGAGACGCAAGAGAGGGGCGACAAGAACAAGGUGCAUUUGCAAGCAAACCCAACGAGCGGAGAAUACUUCCGCAAGAAGGCAGCCAAGGAGGCGGAGGAACGAAAAGAGCAGCAGCGUAAAGCGCUGGCCGAGAAGUAUGGCGACCAAGCGCUGGUUCAAAACAAAGCGCUCCGGGAUGCGGCCAUUCUCGAAUCGGAGCGCUAUGUUGAAUACGACGAAACAGGCGGAGUCAAGGGAGCACCGAAGACUAAACCAAAGUCAAAGUACCCGGAAGACAUCUUCAUUCACAACCACACCUCCGUUUGGGGAAGCUGGUGGUCCGACUUCAAGUGGGGUUACGCCUGCUGCCACUCCACAGUCAAAAACAGCUACUGCACAGGUGAAGAGGGCAGACUUGCAAUUGAGGAGUCAACCCGCAUGAGGACAGCCGCAGACAUAGUUGAGGUCCCGAAAGCGGAGGCGUGGAAGGAAGAAGAGGCACUGGAGAGGCACAUCCCGAACGGACCUGACAGAGAGGAGAAGGCUGCGGCGGACACUAAAGCUAAGAAGCGGACUCUAGACGAAAUGAAGGGCGGCAUCACCGAGGAGGAGAUGGAGGAGUACCGGCGUAAAAGAACUGUGGCAGAAGAUCCGAUGGCAAAUCUCUUGGGAAAAGAUGAGCUUGUCCAUUAA